UGGAGAUUUAAAUUACAAUUGAAUAACGAAUAGGAAAAGAGAUCAUUGCUUUGGCUGUCAAAAAUUCACGCAAAUCUUAAGUUUGGAUCAAAAUUUUUAAAGUCAAUAAUUCUCAAUCCGUCUCCGAUAAUUCGAAUGAUGUGAUUUUAAUAAAAGUCUUCACGUUGCUGACGUCGCAUAUUAAAAUAGCUCUCUUAAUCGCAAAACAGAUUGUUUCUGUGGGAGAUCACGAUAGAGCGAUAUGAAUAGUGACAUUCAAUCAAUGAAUACGUCAAAAUACGAAAAAUUGGGAAAAGCAUCUAACACGCAAAUCAAUAGGCGUAAUAAUUCCAAUAAUUUCCAGAAACAGAAAUCGGAUUCUAGUUCAACAUCGACAUCCCACACCUCACCCUCAUCUACAAAACAAAUGAAUGCCACAGCAGGUAAGCAUCAAGUACGUAAAUUAGUGGACAGCAAACAAGUCUCGGGACCGUUUCAUCAAAACGAUAAGAAGGCAUUUCUUCUCGAUACUUAUGCCCGUAUCGUUGCUAGCAAUAACAGACGUUGCCCUAAGCGAUUGCGUGAACUUGCCAAACCAAAGAGACAGGCUCGUAGCGAUCAACAUGAUUAUACAGCGAAUUUCGAUUUAAAUUAUGGCCAUGUAACUAAAACUUAUCGUACGGAUGAUAAACGCAAUUUAAAAGAGUCAAAGAAGAAAUAGCUAUUAUAAUCAUCAUGGAAUAAUUUAAACAAUUUCUGAGCGUGACUACUACAUCAGCUUCAAACAAUAGAAUUAAAAGUUCCAGAAACAUCAAGAAAGAUAUCAAAAGAACAAAUAAAAAAUUUUUUUAAACCUUUUAAA